AGCCAUUUUGGAUAAACUGACCCUGGACCUGCAGUCAGACCUAAAGGAAAAGCUACCACUGUGUGUCAAACGGAAAUGGAAUUUAAAGAGUGCCUCAAUUUUCCCCGGAGCAGAACAUUUUACAGCACCAUGGAUCAGGUGGUAUGUCAGCUGAUCUGAACAGGAAGAGAUCCAAGUUCAGUGAGCGGUGGCAGUCAUAGCGUUAUUUCUCAAUAAGUAUUAUAGUUCUCACCCCAAGACACAUCAUACUAUUUGAGAAAAACGUAACUGCUACUCAAUAGCAAAUCCAUUCAUAAUGUUUGCCCCUGACGACGAGGAUGGAGAUUUUCUGUCACCUACUGGAGGCGCAAAGCUGGCAUCACUUUUUGGACUGGACCAAGCAGCAAGUCAUGGGAAUGAAUCUUUUCAAUAUACAGCCCCUAAACAGCCCAGGAAGACCUCAAAUCCAGGUCCUCCUGCCCAGAAACCUGCGUUCCCUCCGUGUGCUCCUGCAGUACUAUUGGCUACAGCUAUCCAUGCUUUCAAAUAUCUUAACGGGCAGUAUCAUAAACAAGGAAAGCUGGGAGCUGCAGUCCUGGGUAACCAAACAACAAAAGAGUACAAACUCUUGCUUUACAUCAGUCAGCAGAAACAAGUGACUGCGGCCAAGAUUCAUGUGGGCUUCGUCUUUACGGUUCAGCCCAACAACUACUGCACUUUUUAUGAUGACCAGCGCCAGAACUGGUCCCUGAUGUUUGACACAGAGAAGGCUGCUGUUGACUUUUGUAAAGAGGUGUGUUUGGCAAAAGUGAACAGCGCCCCCUCCUUAGAUAUGGUGGUGGUGCAGGACCUGACACUAGGGGAGGGGCAGGGAGUUGAGACUGGAGACUCCUUGGAGGUGACAUACACAGGCUGGCUCCUACAGAACCAUGCCGUCGGACAGGUGUUUGACUCCAACCUGAACAAAGACAAGCUGCUCCGACUGAAACUUGGCGCUGGAAAAGUGAUUAAGGGCUGGGAGGAGGGCAUGGUGGGUAUGAGGAAGUCAGGCCGGCGUCUCAUGGUGAUCCCCCCCAGUCUGGGCUAUGGCUCCCAGGGAGUAGCCAACCGCAUCCCAGCAGACAGCACACUCAUCUUUGAGGCAGAGCUACGACGGGUGAAGUUGGCAAAAGACAGUGGGUCUGACCGUGCCAGUGCUGGGUCUCGGGACUCUGCUGCCUCUUCACCUGUCCCCUGUGUGGAGAAACUGGGUCCCUACCUGCCGGCAGGGACCACUCUGCUCCGUGCUACAAGCCCCGGGAGACCAGGGGAACCACCACUUCGGGCAAAGUCGAAUUCCAUCAGUGAACAGUUGACAAAUCCAGACGCCACCAAAGCCAAGCUGAUAUCUCGCAUGGCCAAGAUGGGUCAGCCUAUGUUGCCCUUCAUGGCAGGGCCCUCCUCCCAGCCAGACUCCAGCGACUCAGAAAUGGAGGACCCCAGAGUGAAGGAGCGUCCUGCUGCUCCUUCUCCUGUACAGAUCUCCACUGCCCCCCAAGCUCCAGUGCAAGUGCUUUCUCACCCUCACGGGGCAUCGCCCUCUGCCUUGAUGCCUGUUGCUAUGACAGCUGCUGCUCCGCAGCCUGUGAUGUCAGGCUCCGCCCAUGCCUUUCAGCCUUACGCCUACCCACAGUCCUCUAUGUCUCCCUCUCAACUUCAACCAAUGGGCCAGAUGUACCCCACCCAGGCAGUACCAUACAUGGGAGGCACUGGCGAGGUCACUUCCUUCCUUAUGGCUGAAGCUCGGCAGCAUAACUCUGAGAUCCGAUUGGCUGUUGGCAAAGUGGCAGAUAAAGUGGACCAGUUGGCUUCAAAGGUUGACGACCUUCAGAGGCAAGGAGGCCACUCAUUGGCUGUGCCCAGUGUCACUAUGGAAACCGCCAUGAUUAUGCACAACAUCCAAAGAAUCAUUCAGGAAAAUGAAUCUUUAAAGAAGGACGUGUACGAGAAGAGCUCACGUAUAGAGGAGCAGAACCGCAAGAUCGGGGAGCUCAUCAACCAGAACCAGAGGUACAUGGAGCAGAGUAACCUGCUGAUGGAGCAGAGGAAUGACACCCUAAAGUCCUCAAGUGAACACAACCAGGCCCGGACGCUGCAGGCUGAGCAGGACAAGGUACGUCUGACAGAGGAGCUGGCCACGUGCACAUCACGGGUGUCCCAGCUGCAGCAGGAGGCCACGUCUCACCAGCAGAGGGCUGCAGAGCUGCAGAACAAACUGACCUCUGCCCUGCAGGACGGCGACACACACUGCACACGCAUCUCCUCCUUAGAGACCCAACUGGAAGAGCUGAAGGAGACUGCAGAGAGAGGCCAGGCUCAGUACCGCACAGAGAAGCAGAAAUGCAAAGGGAUGGCUCUCCGGGUGAACAACAUGGAGGAGGAGCUGCAGGACCUGAAGGCUGACAAAGAUGGUAUGGAACGAAUGGUGUCGGACAGGAAGAGGAAGUGGCAGGCAGAGAGGCAGCGGUGUGAUGAGGAGAUGGAGGAGCUGAGGAGGAGCAGCCAGCAGGACAUGGAAAGUCUGAGGACACAGCUCCGCAAGGCCAGGACCAGCACUGGCCAGGCAUCCUCAGAACAGCUAGCCCAACUGCAAGCAGAGCUGGAGGAGGACUGGAAGAGGAAGUGUGAGCAGGCGUUGGCCUCGGCCAAGGAGCAGCAGGGGCGUGAGAUGGCCGAACUGGCAGAGCAAAGAGACAUACUGGAGCAGAGACUGACCCAGCUACAGGAAAAGUUUUCAGCUCUGAAGCAGUCCAGGGGCUCAGAGGAGCAGUGCUUGUUGCAGCAGCAGGGACAGGAUGAAGAGCAGCAGGUCCUACAAGAAAAGUAUUCAGGCCUGGAGGAGCAGUGGUCAGCUGUGAGACAGAAGCUGGAGGGGCGAGUGGCUGAGCUGGAAAGGAGGCUGGCAGAGCAAGGGGGCCAAGCGGACAGUGCAGGACAGGACACUGCAGGGGAGGUGAAGCGUGUAAUGAAUGGAGUGUUUCACUCUCUGAGGGGGGAGUUUGACCUACACGAGACUUACACAGGCAGCACUGUGCUCGGCGUAAUCGUCAACACCAUAAAGAGUGUUACCUUGCAACUGCUCAAUGGUACCGAGAGACGUUCAUCCCAUCUGAGGGAAGAAGAAGAGGAGGUUGACAGUGAUGUGAGGCAUAGAGAGGAGAGACCAGCUCAGGAUGCUCAUGUGAAUGGGAAGGAAGAAGCGGAGGAGCAGAGGACCGAGCCUGAGCAGCUUAGUGAGUCCUCUGUGCAGAGGGAGGGAGACCCCAGAGAUGUGCAGGAGAGGGCUCACCUUGAGGCAGUACCAGAGACGAAGAAACCGACUCGAGUGGAGCCAGAGGCAGACAUCGACACGGAUCCAGAGCACCAACCACUCUCAACCCAGCCACAACCACCAUCUCCCCAACCACAGGGAGAGAUCACCACAGAGGCUUCUGAACCCACUGGCAUAAACCUUGAGGAGAAUCUGCCCUCUGAGAUAGGACAGAAAACUCAGUCCGAAGGUGGCAUAAGUAGCCCGGAGGUGAAGAAAGUGAGUAGGACUAUUGAGGGUCCCCUGGGUGAACUGAAAAGAACUAGCUCCAAAGCCACAGGUCCUCAAACACAGCUUCCACCUCCACCAAGCCCCCUGUAUGAUAGUCCUGGGAAAGUAACAAGUCUGACUGAGGGAGUAGGAGAGGAAAAUGGGAAGGAGACAUUUUUCCUGAGCACAGCCCCAACCAAACCCCCACCCACGGAGGAGGAGGAGGAUGAUGAGCUGAGCUUGAAGGGGCAACCUCCCCCAGCCCCUCUGUUUGGCGAUGAAGAGGAUGAAGAUGAUGAUCUUGACUGGCUGGGAUGAGCAACAACUGAAGUGAUGAAAGUCUUGUGAGUCUUAAAGUCCAGAUGGAGGGACAGGCCCUCUAGAGAUAUCAUUUCCACUGUCCUAAAAGGGACUACAUGGAAGGGACGCGGUGAACUCGUCUCUGUACAUGGAAGGGACGUGGUGAACUCUGUCUCUGUCUCAGAUAAGGCAACUCAAGUGAGUGAGAAGGAUGUGCUGUCUGACUGCUCUGAACACUGUGGUUAGAGACCUGUGCUGUUGAUCUUUUGGUCGGACCUGACUGCUGCUGCCUGGAAACCACCUUUAAUCAAUUAAGUAUUGACUAAAGGUAGUUUCCACCAGAACCCCCCCCCCCCCCCCCCUCCCCAGAAAUCAAUCGAUCUGUUAGUCCUGUAAUUUGUUGACUUCAUUAGGCCUUAAAUUAACAUAAUUUUGGUCUCUAGCUGAUGAUUUAGCUUGUUUUGUCUGUUUUCAAGGGUUUCAAGGCGGUCAUGUAUUAUGUGCUAAAUGAUAAGAGGGCUUGCUUCUUCAAGAACUUCUAACUUUUACACAUUUUUGCUAACCGAUAUGCAUUCCAGAAAAUAAAAUGCAUCGAGUACGUGGACAUCUAUUGUUUCCUUUCCAACUUGACCUUUUCUUGUCUUUCUGGAUCAUUUUGGUGAUGACAUCCAGAAUCAAACCAACAACUUGCUAAAUUGAAUACUGAUACUUGCAAUUAAAACAUUUAUAAAAACACAUUGACAAAAAACUGGAUCAGAAUUUGGUGUUGAUAGACAUUUAAAUAACACCAUAUCAUCAAGAAGAAUGCCCAAGAUGAGUAAUGUCAUGAGUAUGGAGAGCCUUGCAUGGCAACCUCCGAGACAGGAUGGGGGUGGGUGUAAAAACCACUGACCAGCAGCUGGAGAAGAACUAGUCUCUCGCCGUUGCUUGGUAACGCAAGUUCUGAAAGGUAGCUAUUGGGUACAAAGUUGUUUAGCUAGCUCUUACAUAGAUUUUUCUUAGCCUAUUCCAUUUACUUCCCAUGCCCUCCCAUGAGGUACGUAUGCGUUGCACUGGGAUGUUUUUUUUGCUCCAUAAAUAUCAGCAGAGUUACUGUAGAAGUGGCUGGCCUAGAUAGCUACUGUAAGCUUCUCUGGAUGUUUUGAAAGUGAAGUUGCUCUAAAAGACGAAUUUUGCCACAGAUGCCUUUCAAACUCUUCCCUCCAGCCAGUCACAAGCCCACCAGAGGGAGCACAACAAAAGGUUGGAGAGGUGAGCCAGAACAGAGUUAUAGCCUAAUACAAUUCAAUAUAGUAAGUAUAUUGCCAUUGGCCAUCCAGUAUACUGCAACAGAAAACACUCCCAAAAAUUGAGUCCUACAUUUUAGUUGAAUAUGUUUAAAAGUUUGACCAAUAGAUUUGCAUAAGGGUCUACAUUGCAGCAAUUACAACUCUCAUUCUUUGCAGUGCAGAUCUCCACUUUCCAGGGUUCAACUCUGUUGACCAUAGUCCUAGUGACAAGCAACACAAGGGAGUCAAGGUUGGUCAGUUACACUAGCAGAUAGUAAGCCUAAUGUCAGAUGCAAGACUUGUUGACUUUGUCUUACACCCUUUGAAAACCAAAGUUGUAUUUUUUUUGUAGACUAUUCUUUUCGAUGGUGAGUAAUGUUGAUUGUAGUAGAGCUGAUGCUGUGUAAUGUCUGCUGUGGCUGUUAUUGCAGCUCAGCCCAGAUCAAUCUUUUGGCCAGCUGCUCCAGUGCAUCAUGGGGCUCUGGCUCCCUAUUGAUGUGGAUCCCCAACACAUCCUUCAGAGCCACGCCCAAAAUAGGUCACAUGAUUUAUUGGAUUUGAUGUGGAUUUUAUCUUUAUUUUUCGUCAUAUCAGUCACUUUAUGUUAUAGCCCUAGACCUUAGAUUGUAUUGUUUGCUUACCACGUAACCUUCUUUUUAGGCAUUAAACUUGGCAGAUAUGCAGAUUUUGGUGUCAAAUUGCCUUUUUGUACACAUGCCUAAACUGUCAAGGAGCUCAUUUGCCUUCUGUCCUGAAAAACCUCAAGUGAACAGAAAGAAGUCCAAGAAUGUGUAGAAGAGGGUGCUGUUCCAGCUGACUCCAUUGACGUCACAGCUGAGAACUCUUACUCUAGACUGGAGGGGAUGGCAUUGACUGGAAUAGGUCUGUCUUCAUAGCUCUUACUCUAGACUGGAGGGGAUGGCAUUGACUGGAAUAGGUCUGUCUUCAUAGCUCUUACUCUAGACUGGAGGGGAUGGCAAUGACUGGAAUAGGUCUGUCUUCUCAGACUAUCUGUGGAGAAAGCACAACCUUCCGCCCAACUGUGACAGAGAAAAGCCAUCGCCCCCCCCCCCCCCCCCCCCCCGUGGCGGGACAAUGGUGGUGGUCCACUGGCCUCCAAGUCCAAGUGCCAUCUCUCAUUGGUGCCAAGCACUUCCUUCAGGUUCUGUAGCAGCUCCAACCUCAGCUGUCUCAACCCUUUGCAACCAAACUGUCAAGGAGAGGAUGAUACAUUUGGACUAUGCUCAGGGAGAGAUGCUGGAGGAGGUCAAGGAGGAACUCUGUGGACAAUGGCCACAGGCCCUCAGGGUCCCAGCCAUCCUCUAGCGUCAACUCUGAUACAAAUGGAUAUAGUCAACCUUUUAAAAGGAAGAAAGACACUGAAAGUUCCAGGACUAAGACCCAGAAGUAAAAACACUCAUCAGGCCUGUGAACAUGAAAUCUUUCAUCCAGAGCUGCCCUUAUAUUUUAGAUAAAUAAUAAUAUUUCUGUCUGCUUGCUUUUUCUUUCUGUCAAAGUGUAGCCUAACAUGGUAACAACAAUAUAUGUUACAUCAUUUC